AGGACGCUCGCCGAAAUACGUCUGUGUGCAUGCGCUCUGAAAAAUGAUCGAAUUGACGUAAUCAGUUAUUUUCACCGAACGUCGACAUUGUAGGUGGGUCAGGUAGGUGGGUACCACAAUGUUAUUUACGCAAACUUGCUCUCCGGGAAGGUUCUAUUUUAACUUGUGAUCGAUGUUCGACCCACUUCCCGUGGUCCGAUCAAUUUACAAUUUUUCCGUGCACUCGUAUUUUUACUGUUUUCGUUUGUUUUGUUUUGUUUUGUUUUUUUUUUUCCCCCUAGAACCAUGAAUUCAAUAGCAGAAGGUAAUGAAUUAGGAAACCGCUCAGUAAAAGCACUGAUCGAUUGGAGCAGCCCUAAAAAACUAGCGAACACAACUUACGAAGAAAAUUAUUAUAAUAACCCGUUUGAUAUAAUGGAGUUAAGAGCCGCUAAUAUGGAUCCUUUUGAUUUAGUUCACCAUCAGACAUCAUUAAAAGAAGAUGUGUCGUGUAGUAGCGUAUUGAAUACUUCGUGGAAAUUAGAAAUUGGGCCGAUGUGGAAGAGUUUUUCAUCAACAGGUAAACAUAAUUUUUGUUUAACAUUGUUUACAAUUCCUGUGUUAUUUUGACAAUUUAGUUUCAAGUAUUUGAUCGCACACUUUAUUAAGAAGGCGCACAAAUAUCUUACUGUGUGUACUGUAUCGUAUAUCGCUAAAGAACAGUACUCGUAGACGAGUCUUUAAAAGUAAAAGAGGGAACAAAUAAAAACAACAGGUAACCGUUGACAACUAAAUAAAUACAAAUCAAAAUUAUUUUCCUAUACAUAUAGAUAACAAUGGAAAUGAGCCAAUGGACGUAUCUGUUUCGCCAUCAACAGUGGACUACGAUAGGAUAGAUUUAGAAAAAAUUGCAUCAUGUACCGAAGAAGAAAAACAACAAAUCAGAGAACAAACACUACAACGGAUUAAGAUGCUUGUUGAAAAUAUCGACACGAAAUAUGAAGAAUGCCAUAUAGAUAAGUCAUUAUCUGUUAUAGGACAGCAAUACUCCGAAUCGAGUUUGAAUAAUACUGAAAGUUUAUUUAAUAAGGGAUUUAUGAGGAGUGAUUCUAAUAGUAUUUCUAAUAGCCUUUAUAAAACCCCGGUAAGUAAUCGCAAUAAAACCUAUUUAUUUAUUUAUUUUUUUUUUUAACUAAAAAUUAAUUAUCUAUUUUAUACUUAACUAUAAAUAAUAAUAAUAAUAAAAAAUAAUCAGCUAACAAUAAAUGUCAAACAGUCCUGUUACGCCCUGUAUAUUAUUGUGUGUUUUUGUAAAGCACACAUUUACACGCUAUACUCAAUACACUAAUAAUAUUAUACUGUGUUUUUAUUUAGGUUGAUCUCAGUGAUAUAAGCACACCAAAUAUUAGUUUAGUUUACUCGAAUGUAGAACAAAAAUGUUUUAGUAUAAACUCAUUGAAACCAGAAUGGAUAAUGAAUAGUUUUAGCAAUUACAAUGGAUAUGUAGAAGUUCAAGCUGUAAGAUCACUCAAAUCAUUAAUAAACAUAUUUAAUUUUUAUUUUAUAAAUUAUUAAAAUACAUUUUUGAAGGACAAAUCUGAACCAGUGGUUGAACCAUAUAAUAACAACAAUGAAAUUGAUAUGAAGUUAAAAGCUCUGAAUCGCAUUGGUAAUACACAAUUUAAUUUAUUAUUUUUAUUAUUACCUAACAAGGAAAAAUAUCUUUAAUGAAAUGAUAGUUCUUAAAAAAGAAAAUUGUAUAAAAUAUAUUUUUAUAUUCUUCAAUGUCUAUUAUUAUUUUAGGAAUCGUCGAAUCAGAAUCCAAUGGAUCGCGGACCUUUUUGAAGUCAAUACAAAAUAAAAGAACUGAAAAUAAAGGUCCCGUUUUGGAAAAUAUUCCUGACCAUUAUAUGAUAAAAAAUUAUAAGGAUACAGACAUGAAAAAAAUUUGUCUUUCAAAAAUUAUUAAGUCUCAAGUACCUAUAUUCAUAUUUCAAAUUACUUAAUACAUAACGUUUAAAUAUGUUAUUUUCCAAGUAGAAACAAUUUUCUAAUAUUUUUGAUAAACACUACUCAAAUGAUUUCAUAAAAUAAUACGUUUUAUUAUAAAUUAUGUAUUAUAUGUCCCUAUAGAAAAAUGUAAAAUUUGAUAUUAAACUAAAUUUUCUUUUUUUAUUCAUAGUUAAAGCCUGUUGCCUCUUCUACGCCUACAAAUACAUCAAGUAUUGCUACUUCAUUUCAUAGUUCUUUAUCAGAAGAAUGUUCUAUUACAGCCAGGUAGGUUGUUGAUAAUUGAUAUUGAAAAUAAUUCUUUCUAAUAUAAAUAAAUAACAAUAUAAAUUCUUAUCUAAUUUUAAUGUUAAUCAAUGUAUAGUUUAAUAUUUAAUUUUUCACUUUUAAAUAGUUCAAAACAAGCGGUGAUUAAUUCUGUUGAAAGUCCAAAAACACCAUUCAACGCUACAAAAUGUGUCAAACAAAAUCCAACUAAUGUAAGUCUGUUACACCUAUGUUAUAAUAUACAAAAUGUUGUCAUAUAUGUUUUAUAUUUAAGUUGAAUGCAAAGGCUAAUAACACAAUUCCACAACUAAAUGAUAUAUGGUUUGGUUCAGCAAAUAAACGGUCUAAGGUAAAUAUAGCAAAAGAGAAAUUCAUCAGUUAUGUUAUUCAUUAAUAAUGAUAAUAAUUUAAAUAUUCUAGACUAUAACUAAUUUAUUCGAUCAUAGUGCAAAAGAUAAGACUGAAAUUAUAAAAUCUUUUCAAUCUAAUAAAUCUAAAGUAAGAUAAUCCAUACCUUUUUUUUAAUACUAUUCUUAUAAUUUAUAUUUAAUUUUAGUCUGAAGGUACAAUUGAGAAAAUAACAAAACCAAUGGCAUUGAAAACUACUAAAAUAAGUGUAAGUUUUUAAUAACAGUAUAUUUGUAGAAAAUGCCAUAUAUUAUACAAUUUUAUAUAUUUAAUAUAAGUUAUGAUUUUUGAAAUGCUGAUUUUAAAUUAAACAUUUAUGCCAUUAGAGUUUGCCAGUACCAAAACAGACAGCUAUUUCACUAAUUGGAAAAGAAAAGGUAACACCUUAGUGACCUUUAGUAGUAAAAUUGUAAUGUAUUUAUUUUUUAAGUCUGAUAUUUUGUAAAAAUGUGAUAAUAUUUUAUUUUUUAUUAUUGAAAUAAGUACUUGUUUUUUUAUUUUUGCUUUUAUAAUUUCCAACAACAAUGAAUGUAUAAUAAUGUGUAUACUUGUGAAUUAAAUAAGUCUUCGAAUAAAAUAAUACAAUUAUUUACAAUAAAAAAAUUAAAGUGGUUCUUGCUAUUCUAUAAUGGUGGCUGUGUUAAUCGUUUAUAAUCUACUUUUUCUAAAUGCACUAAUGGUUUUAAUUGUUCGGCAAAUAUACGCAUAUCUUCAGCAAUUGCAUCUUGAUUACUGGGUGCCAAUACACUCAAUUCAACAAGAUAGGAUUGUGAUAUUGGAUCGACACUCUCUGGAGCAGGUUUACCAACAACCAUCAUCUAUAAUAAUAGGAAAGUAUAGAAAUUAUAUAAAUUGGUAAAAAUUAACUUAAAAAAUUCAAAAUAUAUUAAAUAUCACUAACUUUAAAUAUUUUUGAUACAGUUAUCUUCAUUCUACCUUUACGGAACAUAUAUCCUCGUAAAAUGUAUUCAAAGUCCAUACGGAAGCCCAUUUCUGUGAGGAAAUCUACAAUUGUCGGUGUAGUAGCUACAUCAAUACUGCUUCGCACAAUUGUAGGUCUAGAUUUAUCUCCUGAAAAUAUACAAACAUUUAGUAUUUACAAUUUAAACAAUUCCAUAGAUUUUACCAAGUUCAGGUUGUCCUAUAUAACGCAGCUGGUAAGGCAUAUCUAAAUAAUCGAUCGCUCUUCUUACUCUCAAUGUAAGUGGCUGAGGUGUAGCACUUCCUUA